GACGCGACGUACCGGGCGUUCGUCUCGCGAUACAAAGACGCGCUCUUCGAGAACCGACACGGCGUGCGGUCGACGGAAGAGAACCGCGCCGCGGUGUUCGGCGACGUCUACGCGUCGUGGGCGAGCGGGGAGGACCACCCGGACGCCAAUGAUGAAAACGUCGAAAACGCGGACCCGCGGCGCCGCGGCCACGCGCGUUCUUCUCCUCUCAGCGCGACGCCGGAGAGGAAGACGCGCGCCUCUCCGGCGUUUUCUGCUUCCAACGCGCGGCUCGUGCGCAUGGGCGCGCUGGACAACAGCUUCCUCGUGCGCGACGACGCCGUGGAGGUGUUCCGGAACGCGGCGGACGGCGCGCUGACCGCCGCGGGCGUCUCCGUCUCGUUGAAAAAUCUGAACAUCACGCCGACGAAGGCGAUCCUCGCGGACGCGGAGCGCACGAUGCUCCUGCUGUCCCCGCUCGAGGGCGCGCCGGGGGGUCGGUCGGACAGAGUGUAUCAGAUGGAUCUCGAGACGGAAAAGAUCGUCCGAGAGUGGUCCUGCGUCAAGGACGGCGCGAGCGCGCCGAUGCUCGACGUCGCGUGCGACACCAAGAGCGCGCAGCUCGAGGGCGGACGAGGGACGUUCGUGGGCGUGGACGCGAACCGUCUCGUGCGGUGGGACGCGCGCGUCGGCGGCGACGCGCGUUCCGUCGUGCAAGAGACGACGUUCGAGCGCGGCGCGUCCGCGUCCCCGCUGCGUUACGUCUCCGGGCACGACUUCGCGCGCGGCGCGAAAUUCAGCUGCGUCGCGACGACGGGCGACGGCGACGUCGUCGUCGGCGCGGACGACGGCAAGAUCCGCCUGUACGCCUCCGGCGGGGGCUUCCGCCAGGCGAAGACGUCGUUCCCCGGGCUCGGCGGCGCCAUCACGGCGAUCGACGUCACGUACGACGGCAAGUGGGUGCUCGCGACGACGGACACGUGCCUCGUGUUGUUGCACACGUGUUUCCGAGACGACCGCACAGGGGAGCUGACGAACGGAUUUAAACGCCGCGCGGGCGAGAAGAUCGCCGCGCCGCGGCUGCUGAAGCUGAAACCGGAAGACGUCGCGCGGAUGGGGCAGGGCGCGGGUAUCGCGGCGAAGUUCACGAGAGGGAAGUUCACGUGGGUCACCGAGCGCGGCGGCGCCCCCGAGCGGUGGAUCGUCGCGUCGUGCGGCGUCCACUCCGUCGUGUACAACUUUCGAAAAGUGAAGGCGCGUUCUAUCUUACACUGGUCCCCUUUCAACUGCAACUGA